CCUCGUAUAUAACCGGCGGCCGUGGCUUCCCGCGGCUCCAUCGGCGGCGGCUCUUGCAGUUGGAUAUCCAUCAGGCAGAGCAGCAGAGAAGAAGAAGCUAAUUAAUAAUCCAAACAAGCUAGCAGAUCCUCGAUUAUAUUCCAAGCUGCGCGGCGCGGGGAUUUAUUUAUUAUUACGGAGUAAUAAUAUAUAUAUACCUGGAAAUUAAAGGAGGAGAAGCAUCGCUCCAUGGCGCCGUUGGAGGUGGCGGCGACGACGAGCAACCGGGUGCAGGCGGCGGGGCGGAUGCCGUCCAUGGAGUGGGAGCCCAAGACGCUGACGCCCGACCAGAUCAAGUUCGCAAGGGAGGCGGCGCUGUACGUGGUGCGCACCAAGACGGAGGAGGAGGCGAUCCGGAUCUUCACCGAGGGGCUCAAGCCCGUGGAGGUGACCGUCAGGAACUCCAACUCCUUCGACUCCUCGUCCGACGACGACGUCGACCUCGGCUGCUACGGAUCCGACUCCACCAAGCAGCAGGCCCGCGCCGCCGGCGGCAGAAAGGGCGGCGCCGCCCGCGGCGGCCACCGCGGUUGCCGACGGCGUUCCAUCGACGUCGAGAGGGACGUCGCCACGGCGCCCUUCUAGCUAGCUCACUCGCUCUUAGAGACGACGCUGCGUGCGUACUUGCUACUUAGGAAGGGUCUCUUCUUCUUCUUUUUUUUUUCUCCCUGCAGUUCCCUUUUGGCUUCUGGCUCUCUUUUUUUUUUUCUUUGACAAGGUUGACUAUCCGCUGGCUUGGUUUGGUUGUUUAGUGGAGCCGGCGUUUAGCAACCAGCUAGUUAGCGCGGCAAAUUUUGAAGGCGCAAGGCUUUAGCUGAAAGAGAUGUGAAGAGCAGCUAGCGUCCGUGUAAAUGUCAGAAGCUAGCACUGUAAAUUACAGUUUUUUUUCCCUUCUCACAAACUUUAGCGUUCCUUCUGUUUUACUGCA